CCUCCACAGCAUGAGCCUAAGCCUAACGUACCAUAUCUGACAUCACCUCCUCCUCCCUCCAAACCAACCCAGUUCAAACCGUCCACAUCCGCCUCGGCAUCUUUCACUCCGACCUACUCUAUUCUACUAAGGUAGCUAGCUAGCUCCUCAACCUCCCGAACAACACCCCUACAAAAGCUCAAUUGACAUAUACAAGAAAGAGAAAAGAAAGGAAAACGACCGGAACAAUGAUCCAACCCACCCGUCCCGUAACGGCCCUCGCCUCCCGCAUUAUCGCAAAGCAGGCCCUCCCCCUCCCGCUCGCCCGUCCCGCUGCGUCUGCGUCUGUGGGGAGCUCAGGCUCGAGGGGCUUUGCCUCUCUCUCUCGUGGUGGAUAUGGCUCUCUGAAUAGAGGUGGAUAUGCCUCUCUUUCUCGCGGUGGAUAUACCUCUCUUCCUAGAGGUGGAUACGGCCGUCCUGUGCUAGGUGCGCAACGCGGUGGAUAUGGUGUUAUUGUCCCCCAGCAGCAGCAGGUGUCUAUCCGGUGGAAGAGCGACAGCAGUCCUUCUCUGCGAAAGUGGGGAUUCGAAGAGAUCACAUCCUCCCUCCCCACAGACUCAGCCUCCCCAACCCACCACCCAAUCCUAAUCGACGUGCGCGAACCCGCCGAACUCACCGCAACAGGCAUCAUCCCGUCCGCCGUCUCCGUCCCGCUCGGCUCCCAGCCCGACGCGCUCUUCCUGACGCCGGAGGAGUUCGAGACGCGCUUUGGGUUUCCCAAGCCUGGCAUGGCGGAGGGCGAGAGCAAGGAUCCGGUUGUGUUCUACUGCAAGGCGGGCGUGAGGGCGCGGACUGCGGCGCAGUUGGCUGUGCAGGCUGGGUAUGAUGCUGAUAGGGUGGGGGUUUAUGAGGGGAGUUGGUUGGAGUGGGCGAAGAAGGGGGGGAGGGUUGAGAAGUGGGAGGGUGGGAAUUAA